UGUGGCUGCUGGGUCGGCCCCAUGCACUGCACCAGAGUAUUAGACUAUUUUCCUCACAAGCAAGCAAUGGCUGUGGAUGUAGCAAUGCAGCUGUACCUGUGCUCUUCACCCUUGCGAAGAGAGAAGUGUGCCUGCAAAAUUGCUCCAAAGCCAAGCAAGCCAUUGCGACCCUGCAUCCAGCUGAGUAGCAAGGCUGCACUGAAUGGGCCAGAAGAGGCAACAAGCUCCUUCACACACAACAAAGUGAAGAAGAGGGUGUCAUUUGCAGAUAGCAGAGGCUUUGCUCUGACGAUGGUGAAGGUGUUCUCGGAGUUUGAUGAUCCACUAGAUAUUCCUUUCAACAUCACAGAGCUGAUAGACAAUAUUGUGGGUCUGACAACAGCGGAGAAGGACAGCUUUGUCCUGGAUUUUGUUCAGCCCUCUGUGGACUACCUGGCCUUCAGAAACCGCCUUGAGACAGACUGUGUUUGCCUUGAAAACUGUGUGCUAAAGGAGCGAUCUGUUGUGGGAACGGUGAAGGUGAAGAACCUCGCUUUUGAAAAGACUGUGAAGAUCCGAAUGACGUUUGACACCUGGAAAAGCUUUGUAGAUUACCCGUGCCAGUACGUCAAGGAUACGUAUGGAGGGUCAGAUCGGGACACAUUUUCCUUUGACAUCAACUUGCCUGAGGGAAUUCAAUCACACGAAAGAGUCGAGUUUGCCAUUUCCUUUGAGUGCAAUGGGAAGAUGUACUGGGACAACAACAGGGGCACAAAUUACAGGAUCACAUGGUCAACACUGAAGUCUGCUCAGGAAGCCGUCCCUCCCCCACAGGGCCCUGACUUUGGCUGUGCAUUUGACCGGUUCGGGAGCCCUCAGUGCUCCUAUGGCCUCUUUCCUGAGUGGCCCAGUUAUUCAGGCUUCGAGAAGCUCGGGCCCUACUAUUGACCCAAGGACAAAGCCCAGGUUGACUGUUGCUGGCGUGUCUGCAGGCUUUGGGGCUGGUCUGAACACGAGGUGUAUGAAGAGGUGGAAGAAGGAUGGCUCUGUAGCUUGGCAUAAGCCUCCCAGCAAAACUAGAUGUGCGGUGCUCUGCUGGCAGUGGGCUUAUAGUCAGGGAAGCAAUUCUGACUCUCCAGAUGAUCAAAGGACCAGGGACUGUUGCUCAUGUCUCUUUAGCACUGCUUCUUCCUCCUCUUCAGUAAAGUUGCCAGUCUCCAGGGAAAACACU